AAGUCUUAAACCAUCAUAAGUUGUGAAAAUAAAUAAUUUAGCAAACCGAUGAACUAUCAACUAGGGCUGGAAAACAGUCCGGUUCGGUUUAAACCGGACCGGAUUGACCCGGGUUUUAUGACCGGAUUGGACUUAUGCCCAACCGUAGACGGGAUUGGACUGGGACACGGUUUAAACCAAACCGGAUUGGAUGAGAUACGGUUUGGUCCGGUUUUGACCGGAAACCUCACCAAACGACCGGCUGGUUGACCGACGAUUGCGUCUAGUGACGGAGGAGAUCGAUGCUCGACGGGAGAAAGGGCAAAGUUGGUAGAUGAUGGCGCUCGAAGGGAGAUGUACAGGAGAUCGACGCUCGAGCCUCGAAGGGAGAUGUACAGGAGACGCCGAGACGAGGGAGACUGCUCUCGAGCGAACGGAGAUCGAAGGGAGAUGAUGGCGCCGUCGUGUUCGAAUCGUCGCUCGUCGAUCGUCGCCCGCUGUUUGCCUCGUAGUAGUCGCAGCCGAGUGAGAGCAACCAGGCGGCAGGCAAUAGCUCGGUUCCUCAGAGUCAGCUGCGCAGAUGGAGAUGGAAGGGGAGGAAGAGGAACGGCGGAUUCGCAAUCUGCAUUAGGCAAACAGGGUUUCGUCAAUUAGGUCUUUUGUUGGGUUGGGUAAUGGGUAAUAUUUUGUUGGGUUAUUGAUUUAGUGGGUUGAGUAAUAUUUUGUUGGGCCUGUUCAAUAAGUUAAUAUUUUGUUGGGCCUAGUCAAUUAGUUAUAAUUUACUCGGCCCAUUCAGUUUUAAACAGUUUUCCGGUUUUAAACCGGGCCGGUUUUUCCCAGACAGCCAGUGACCGACAAUUGGAUUGGGUUAUUGCGAAUUCGGUUUCCGGUUGUAACCGGAACGGUUAAAACCGUCCGGUUUCCGGUUUGAACGGAAAAUCGGAUCCGGAUUCCCAGCCCUACCAUCAACAAGAGAACUCAUGAGUUAUAGACUGAUUAGCUAAAAGUUGCUAGUCGAACUGACUCGCUAGCCCACCUAUCAAGUCAGUUUACGAGUUGUGCUCAACAAGCUACCGAGUCAAACUGGCUCGCAAGUCUCACAAAUUAAUCAAAUAUUAGCUCAAACUCGGCUCAUUAAUAAACAACUUGAAUUUCG